ACCUCAAUACAGUCUGAAUAGGUUGGAAGUCCAUCACAGGGCACUGUCUAAACACAUUCACACACUCAUUCACACAAUCACACCUAAUGUAAAACACACAAGGAAACAGAGAGAACAUAUGAACGUAACCCAAGCUCAGGACUGAACCAGAGAGCCCCUGCAAUCUUAUAUGCCUCACACGUGCCGCAUUGUUAUUUGUAGUAAAACAAGUGAAUAAAAUAGUAGAAAAAGUUCAAAUAUUCAAAGAUAUAGUUCAAGUAUUCCCUUCAAACAAUAGAAACCCUCACAGAAUUUGUAAUGGUUUUAUUGGUUAUAAUGGGAAUUGUACUGGUUUAAAUGGAAACGCUAAUGGUCUAUGUGGGUCUCUACUGGUAAUUUGUUGCCUCCUGUUGGUGGAAUGUUAUGUCUAGUGGAUACCAUUAAGGAACAAUAAUGGUAAUGUCAGUGGUUUUAAUGGUUAGCUGAUGAGAUUUCUAGUGGAAACCAUUAGAAUUUCUGUGCUGGUUUCUAUUGUUUUUUUUUUUUUUCCUUUGUUUUGUUUUGUUUUGUUUUGUUUUUUUUGUUAAAUGACUCCAGAAUUAAAACCUGGUGUUUAUGUUUGUAUAGAAGUGUCUCAAGUAUCACAAACAACCACAAAGAUAAAUUUGUAAUGAGAUAAUUUUUAACCUGCAUGGUGCUAAUUGGUAGUCACAGUUUAUUAUUAUUAUUAUUAUUAUUAUUAUUAUUAUUAUGUUUAUGUUUAAAACUUGUAGCUUUGUUGCUUUACAUUAUAUGUUUUUUUUUACCCCACUUGUACUGUCACAGACGAUAAACACACAUCGUAAACGAAUGGUCAGGACCUGAGUUGUGAUAAAUUGUCUUAGGACGCCUAAUGGGACAUGCUCCCCAAUGGCUGAUGUAGUGCCACUGCAACCAAAAACCUCACAAAGAUGUGAGGUCACCAGACAGGUAAUAAUCUUAAAAAACACACCAAAUCUAUAUCUAUCUAUCUAUCUAUCUAUCUAUCUAUCUAUCUAUUUGUGUUUCAUCCAAUCAGCUUCCCCAAAUCGCUUCUGCCUGUUUAAAAUUCACGAGAAUGCUAAUUUAGACAGAAGCCCCGCCCCCUAUGCUGAGUGAGAAGGCCCUGAGCUCUGUCCACUUCUCACGGCGUUGGCCUCUGAGUUCUCAGGGGCUGACUGUACACUUAGGUUACAUCCUUCUUUCCCCCUCUCUCUCUCUCUCUCUCUCUCUCUCUCUCUCUCUCUUACACACACACAGACACACACACACAGACACACACACACACACACACACACACAAACACACACACACACACGUCUUGCAUCUGGAACUUUUCUGUCCUGGUCUGAGCAGCCAGGUGAGGAGAGGUGAGGAGAGGAGCUGCAGUCCUUAGGAUUGGUGUUUCUGGAGGAAAGAGGAGCCUGAGACGAGUCUUCAUCAUGGAUCGGGACUUUACCAUCCUCCAAAUUGCCGUGCUCCUGCAGGUGCUGUGUCUGGCUAUGGCUCAAGUGAGUGGCCCACCUGCUGGACCUCCGGGCCCUCGCGGUCCCCCCGGCCCUUCAGGUACCCCCGGAGCCGACGGCAUUGAUGGUGAAAAAGGGCCUCCUGGGCCUCCUGGACCUCCUGGUCAGAAGGGAGAAGCAGGCCAGCCGGGCCCAGACGGUCCUCCUGGGGAUGAUGGAAUUGAUGGUUUAAUUGGAGGAAAGGGUGAAAGAGGUCCCAUUGGAAAUCCUGGACCAAAGGGUCUACCAGGACCUACCGGUCCACCAGGACCACCUGGACCUGGGCUUCCUGGACUUUCUGGACCACCAGGUCAGAUUGGGUUUCCCGGGGAAAUUGGACUCCCUGGACCCAAGGGAGCUACAGGACUUCCUGGACCACCAGGUUUGCCAGGACCUUCAGGGAAACCUGGGCCGCCUGGGAAGUUCUUGGGUUUAGAAGAAGGCAGCGCUGAUUUCCAGUGCCCAACUAACUGUCCACCUGGGCCUAAAGGUCCUCAAGGCCUUCAGGGCAUGAAGGGUCACAAAGGUCGUGCUGGUAUACUGGGAGCUCCAGGAAGUAUUGGAAAGACGGGCACAAAGGGAGAUGUUGGGAUCUCUGGUGAGCAAGGAAUACCAGGCCCUCCAGGCCCACAGGGGCUGAGAGGCUAUCCAGGAAUGGUUGGGCGUAAAGGAGAGACGGGCCCUCAAGGUUACAAAGGUAUUCUUGGACCCACUGGACUUCCUGGGACCCCUGGUAAAGAGGGACCCCGAGGUCCUCCUGGAGAUGCUGGGGACAAAGGUGAUAUGGGUGACCAAGGCAUCAGAGGACUACAGGGAGCAGUGGGAAAGAAGGGAGAGAAUGGUGUCCCAGGGAUUGAUGGCAAAGAUGGUAACCCUGGCAUUCCAGGAAUAAAGGGUGCUCCAGGCCAGAAUGGAAGACCUGGUCCACCUGGACACCAGGGGGCAGCAGGUUUGCCUGGAAGCCCUGGCACCAACGGUGGUGUGGGUGCUAAGGGUGAGCCAGGACCCAGGGGGUUGGUAGGAAUGCCUGGUGCUCCAGGUCCUCAGGGUGAGCCAGGGCCACCAGGUGAAGCUGGUAUGAUCGGAGUUCCUGGACCAAAGGGUGACAGGGGUGAGAGAGGACCUGUUGGACCUCUGGGAAUAGUUGGCAAACCUGGAAAUAAAGGAGAAAGAGGGCCAAUUGGUCUGCCAGGACCUCAAGGCCUUGCUGGAACCAAAGGCGACAAGGGAUUCCAAGGCAAAGUGGGACCAAAGGGAGACUUUGGCGAUCCAGGGGUAGAGGGAUUGGCUGGAGAAAAGGGAGAAAAGGGACUGUCUGGUGAACCCGGCCCCAAAGGACAGCAAGGAGUGAGGGGUGAUCAAGGAUACAAUGGCCCUACAGGCGAUCCCGGAAAACCUGGAGAACCGGGUCCGCCAGGUCUUCCUGGACCUCGAGGCAUCCAUGGAGUGAGAGGUGCACCAGGCAUGCCAGGAAUACAGGGAACAGCUGGUCAUGAUGCCUCAGAUGAACACAUUAUCGAGGUGGUCUUGAAGAUGCUACAGGAAAGAUUAGAAGCUUUAGCAGUGAGCUCUAAUAGGGGACCACUAGGAGGAGCUGGAGUAAUGGGACCACCAGGUCCUCCAGGACCUCCCGGAUCUCCAGGUCCUCGGGGAGCUAUUGGCAAUACUGGUACCCGAGGGAUCCCAGGCAUGAUCGGAGCUGCAGGCCAAAUCGGGAAUACUGGCCUGAAGGGAAGGAGAGGUGCAAAGGGAGAGAGAGGAGAUCCUGGUCGCCCUCAUCCAGGUCUACACGGGCCACCUGGCCUACCAGGUCCUCCUGGUCUGGAUGGAGUUGCACGGGAUGGCAAGCCGGGUGAAAGAGGUCCACAGGGUGUAGCGGGUCAACCCGGUCAUCCCGGAAAAGCCGGUCCUCCUGGCCUCCCUGGCUUCUGUGAAAUGGCAGCAUGCCUGGCAGCGUCGGCUUAUACUUCCCCACGACUCCAGGAAGCUGGCACAGUGAAGGGACCGUCCACUUAGAGCCUUAAAACAUCAGACAUAUAAGAAGAGAGACACACAGCCCUUUCUUUCAUGGGACAUCAGCAUGGUGCAACGGUCCUGAGUGGCUGACUUUGCAGUUUAGUUUGACAUUUUGCGUGUGUGUGUUUGUGUGUGUGUAUGAAAGAGUGGGGACUAGGGUUCAUCAAAACUGUAAUCUAGGCUCGGCGCCGUCCCACCAUGAGUGCAAUGAGAUGUGAAAAUGUCAUCAUUAAGACAUCAGGAUGACAAUCAGAUCCUUGGGAAGCCUUAACUCAGAGACUGAAAUCCAAUCCCUAGUGUUGUUUCUUUUUUGUAGUGUUCACUACAUAUGUUGUUAAUGAUAACAAUCUAAGAAUUUUACUUUAUAUAAUAAAACAGGACAUGGCCAAGAUUUCACUGCAACGUUUACCAAAAUUAUUAAUAAUUAUAAUAAUAAAAAAAUCCCAUAACAAUAGUGUUUAAUUUUGUAACUUAUUGUUAAUUACCUUAUGGAAUGCCUUUAAGCUUAUAGUUGCUGUGUACAUUACGCCCCUCUGUAUUAGCCUAGAAAUAAACAACCUAUACUACUCUUUGCCCAUCCAGCAGUACUGUAAAUCUCUGUAAAUGAUGCAAGUGUGCUAAUUUUGUACUAAUAUGAAUUGGGUGGGUUUACAAUAUGGACAGGAACCUAAACUUAAUAUAGUCAGCAUUCAAAAGAACUGAUUAUUUUCAAUAAACACCCUAUUUAUUUGGUUCAUCUGUAAACACAUUCUUGUUUCAUGGUCCAUUCGAAUGAAUAAAGAGGUAACUUUUGUAAGACUGAAUGUUCUUCGGCAUCUUGUGAAA